UAAUAGAGUCAAAUCGUAACCUCCGAGAAGAUAGAAGGCCAUGACGGCUACCGCCGAAUCUUUGAUGACUCAUAGCUAGUCGUCCGCCUUCCAUCAAGUGUAAUCUCGACCGCAGCAACUUUGCAAUGCGCGUUGUUUACUUAUGUAUACAGUGCGAUAAAUACGAUCAUUUUCGAGCGAAUUAUCUAAUUUCUUGUUAUAAUUUUUGAGUUUCUUUUGUAAAACUUUCUUAUUGUUUUGUUUACAUUUUUAUAUUGUUGAAAUUUCACAAUUAUUACUGUUUUUAAACAUCGUUAAAAGAUUUUAGUGUUAGCAAUGCCGGACCGUUGUUGUGUGCCUGCUUGCAAGUCUAAUUAUACAUCAAAAGCUGCUAGUGUCGAGUAUGUCAGUGUUUUUAAAUUUCCUAGAAAUGAGGAAAGGAAGAAAUUGUGGCUACGUAAAAUCCCUCGGCAAAACUUUACACCAUCUAAACAUUCAGUGGUGUGCGAAAAGCAUUUCCAAAAUCAUAUGAUCAUCAGGGAAGAAGAUUUUACAGACUCCAAAGGAAUCACUCAUAAAAUAAAACGAGAACGCCCUAUUUUAACUGAAGAUGCAUAUCCAUGCAUAUUUGAUGGAUGUCCCCCUUAUUUGAGUGAAAUAAAAACUACUCAGAGAUCCAGUAGAGAUGAAAAAAGACUCAAAAUGGACAGUGAGAUGAUUUCAUCAUUUGUGAAAGAUGAUCAGAUUUCUAAUUUUAAGGAAUUUGUGAAUGAAUUUUCUGCAAAGAUGGAAAACUUCUUGCGUAGAGAAAAUCUGCUUGUUUACCAAGCUGAGUCAAAAUUNCACAAUUAUGGGCCGAGUUUCGUGCCCGGGCGAGGCUUCUGGG